UAGUUUACACAUCCGCGAGCUUGACGGCUCGCUGACUGGGUCAAGGAGUAAAAUCAGUUCCGACUCGGAUCUUUUUCUGAAUAUUUUUGAAAGGAAAAAAAGAAGAGGGAGGGGAGAAAAAGGGAGUUUGACGGCGGAAUGGCGGAUAUGGACCCGCUGGUACCGAUACCCGUGGAGGUUCGGGCCAAACUUGCCGAGCUGGAGUUGGAGUUAUCCGAAGGGGACAUCACCCAGAAAGGCUAUGAGAAAAAAAGGUCCAUGCUGAUUGGAGCCUUUUUGGCACAAGGCCCAGGUUCGAACGCAUCGGCGGGAGUUCCGGAGAGACGACCGCCGGCAGCACCGUCCUCGGCGGCACGAUUUCGCCGAAGACGCUUAUCCGGGUCCAGGGACGAGCGGUACCGCUCAGACAUUCACAGCGAGGCAGUGCAAGCGGCGUUAGCCAAACACAGAGAGAGAAAGAUGGCCGUCCCCAUGCCGUCCAAGCGCCGCUCGCUGGUGGCACGCAACUCCGCUGAGGCGUACACGCCGCCAGAUACCUCCUCAGCCUCUGAGGGUGAGGAUGGUGAAGGUGGCGCUGGCGAGGACGUGGAAGGAAAUGACGACGGUGGAACUUCCUCGCACCACGCCAUCCACCUCACGUCAUCCAACACUAACUCGUCCACUGCGUCCUCAUCCUCGUCCGGUGAUAGCGGGGCGGUGGCCCACGGGCGCUUUGCCAAGGUUCUGGCCCAGCACGUCCACAUCUCUGCUCACCGGCGCCACCUAAACAUGAACCAGCAGCACCUCAGCAGCGAGAUCCACUCGGCACCCCCGGACGUUACGGGUUAUGGCGACCGCUCGUCGGUUGCCGACAGGCUCCGGGCGGAGAAAGCAGUGGGUGGGGCCCCAAAACAGACGCCCAAGUACGGUAACGCCGAGCUGAUGGAGACCGGAGACGGCGUUCCAGUCAGCAGCCGUGUUUCGGCCAAGAUUCAGCAGCUGGUCAACACGCUGAAAAGACCCAAGAGGCCGCCGCUUCGAGAGUUUUUUGUCGACGACUUUGAAGAAAUGCUGGAGGCGCCGCAGCCCGACCCCAACCUGCCCAAGGCCGAGGGACCCCAAAUGGUGCCCGCCCACGGGGAGGAUCUGGGCGUGGUUGACAACUGCCCGCCCUGUCUGGAGGCGGCCCUGCAGAGGUGGGCCACAGUCUCCCCCAAGGCCCCCUGCCUCACUACCGCCGACGUCAAUGGGAAGACCCUCCACCAGCUCACCUACGGCAAACUGUGGUCGCAGAGCGUGAAGGUGGCCUACAACUUGUCGCACAAGCUUGGAACCAAACAAGAACCUCUCAUCAGACCUGGAGACAGAGUGGCGCUGGUGUUCCCCAACAACGACCCGGGUUCCUUCAUGACGGCAUUCUACGGCUGCCUGCUUGCCGACGUGAUCCCCGUCCCCGUGGAGGUUCCGCUCACCAGGAAGGACGCUGGCGGUCAGCAGAUAGGCUUCUUGUUGGGCAGCUGCGGCGUUGGCGUGGCUCUCACCAGCGACCUCUGCCACAAAGGGCUCCCUAAGAGUCCCACGGGGGAGAUACUUCAGUUCAAAGGUUGGCCCAAGCUUUUGUGGAUGGUCACCGAGUCCAAAAACUUGUCCAAACCCCCCCGAGACUGGUUCCCCCGCAUCAAAGACACCGGACAAGACACCGCCUACAUUGAGUACAAGACGUGCAAAGACGGCGGCGUCCUGGGCGUGACGGUGACGCGAGCCGCCAUGUUGGCUCACUGUCAGGCCCUCACGCAGGCCUGCGCCUACACCCAAGCUGAGACCCUGGUUAACGUUCUGGACUUCAAGAAAGACGUCGGACUGUGGCACGCCGUCCUCACUAGCGUGAUGAACAUGAUGCAUGUGGUGAGCGUUCCGUACGCCCUCAUGAAGGUCAACCCGCUGUCGUGGAUCCAGAAAGUGUGUCAGUUCAAAGCCAAGGUGGCGUGCGUCAAGUCCCGCGACAUGCACUGGGCUCUGGUGGCGCAUCGUGACCAGCGUGACAUCAACUUAGCGUCUUUGAGGAUGCUGCUGGUCGCCGACGGCGCCAAUCCCUGGUCCAUCUCGUCCUGCGACGCCUUCCUCAACGUCUUCCACACCAAAGGUUUGAAGUCGGACGUUAUUUGUCCCUGCGCCAGCUCGCCCGAGGCGCUCACUGUCGCCAUUAGGAGGCCCGCCAAGGACGGAAGCGUCGCGCCAGCUCGCGGUGUUUUGUCCAUGCACAGUUUGAGUUACGGCGUCAUCCGACUGGACUCAGAGGAGAAACUCUCGGUGCUCACGAUGCAAGACGUCGGCGGUGUCAUGCCAGGAGCCGUGAUGUGCGUGGUGAAGACGGACGGCGUCCCGCAGCUGUGCAAAACGGACGAAGUGGGCGAGUUGUGCGUCUGCACGGUCGCCACGGGGACGUCCUACUACGGCCUCAGCGGAAUGACCAAGAACACCUUCGAGGUGGUGCCCGUCGACGUCGCCGGCGCCGCCGUGGGCGAGUUACCUUUCACGAGGACGGGACUGCUGGGCUUCGUCGGCGCCGGCGGUCUAGUGUACGUGGCGGGCAAGGCGGACGGCUUGAUGGUAGUCGGCGGGCGGCAACACAACGCCGACGACAUCGUGGCCACGGCGCUGGCCGUCGAGCCCGUCAAGUUCGUCUACAGGGGACGAAUAGCGGUGUUCUCCAUCGAGGUCCUGCAUGACGAGAGGAUCGUGGUGGUCGCCGAGCAGCGUCCCGACUCCUCUGAGGAGGACAGCUUCCAGUGGAUGAGCCGUGUACUGCAGGCCAUCGACGGCAUCCACCAGGUGGGCGUGUACUGUUUAGUUCUGGUUCCAGCCAACACGCUUCCCAAGACCCCUCUGGGUGGCAUCCAUCUGUGUGAGACUAAGCAGCUCUUCCUGGAGGGGGCGCUGCACCCCUGCAACGUCCUUAUGUGCCCACACACCUGUGUCACCAACCUGCCCAAACCUAGGCAGAAACAACCAGAGAUUGGCCCCGCCUCCGUGAUGGUGGGAAAUCUGGUUUCCGGCAAGAGGAUUGCUCAGGCCAGCGGGAGAGAGCUGACGCAGGUCGAAGACAAUCAUCAGGUGUGCGUUCGUUCGUUCGUUCGUGCGUACGUGUGGGAACGAAAGCACUUUCUCAAUACUUUUGGCCAAUUUUUUGUAUUUCAGUUGCUGUUCCUGUCUGAAGUGUUGCAGUGGCGAGCGCAAAGCACGCCGGAACAUGUGCUCUACACGCUACUAAACUCACGGGGUACGACGGCCAGCUCGCUGACGUGCUCGCAGCUCCACAAGAGAGCCGAGAAGGUGGCGGCCAUGUUGGCCGAACGCGGCGGCAUUCGGGUCGGGGAUCACGUGGCGCUGCUCUACCCUCCAGGCACGGAGCUGAUCGUGUCGUUUUACGGCUGUUUGUACGCCGGUCGCGUUCCCGUCACCGUGCGUCCGCCUCACCCGCACAACAUCGCCAGCACGCUGCCCACCGUCAAGAUGAUCGUCGAGGUGAGUCGAUCAGCCUGCGUGCUGACCACGCAGGCCAUCUCAAAGCUGCUCAGGUCCAAAGAGGCGUCGGCCGCCGUGGACGUGCGCACCUGGCCGCUCGUCCUGGAUACGGACGAUUUGCCCAAGAAGAAAGCGCCCGGGUUGUACAAACCUUCCGAUCCUGACACGUUAGCCUACCUGGACUUUAGCGUGACCACCACCGGCAUGCUAGCUGGAGUCCAAAUGUCUCACGCGGCCACCGGCGCCAUGUGUCGCUCCAUCAAGCUUCAGUGCGAGCUGUACCCGUCCCGAGAGGUGGCCGUCUGCCUCGACCCUUACUGCGGUCUGGGCUUCGUCCUCUGGUGCCUUUGCAGCGUGCACUCGGGCCACCGCUCCAUCUUGAUUCCGCCCUCGGAACUGGAGAGCAACGCGUCGCUGUGGCUGUGGGCCGUCAGUCACCACAAGGUCCGGGACACCUUCUGCUCGUACGGCGUGAUGGAAAUCAGCACCAACGGGCUGGGCCAGCAGACGGACGCGCUCAAGAGUCGCGGCGUGGAGCUGUCGAGGGUGCGGACGUGCGUGGUGGUGGCGGAGGAGCGGCCGCGGACGUGCCUGACUCAAUCCUUCUCCAAACUCUUCAAGGACCUGGGCCUUCACUCGCGAGCCGUCAGCACCGCCUUCGGGUGCAGAGCCAACAUGGCCGUCUGCCUGCAGGGAACAUCCAGUCCCGACCCGACCACCGUCUUCGUAGACAUGAGGGCGUUGCGCCACGACAGGGUGCGACUAGUGGAGAGAGGGUCACCCCACAGUUUGCCCCUUAUGGAGUCUGGCAAGAUCCUUCCCGGCGUUAGGAUCAUCAUCGCUAACCCGGAGACCAAGGGACCAAUGGGAGAGUCCCACCUGGGCGAGAUUUGGGUGGAGAGCGCCCACAACUCGAGUGGUACCUACGGAGACGACGAGGACGAAGAAGGCCGGCGUUCGGCGGCGCGCUUGAGCUUCGGAGACACGCAGACGCUUUGGGCGCGCACGGGCUACCUGGGAUUCCUUCGGCGGACACUGCUCAAGGACGCCAACGGAGAGCGUCACGACGCGCUGUACGUGGUUGGUGCCUUGGAGGAAGCCAUGGAGCUUCGGGGGAUGCGCUACCACCCCGGCGACAUCGAGACGUCAGUCAUAAGGACGCACAAGAGCAUUGCUCAGUGCGCGGUGUUCUCGUGGAGCAACCUGCUGGUGGCGGUGGUGGAGCUGUCAGCGUCAGAGCGCGAGGCGCUGGACGUGGUGGCGCUGGUGACCAACGCCGUGCUGGAGGAGCACUUCCUGAUCGUGGGUGUGGUGGUGGUGGCUGACGUGGGCGCGGUGCCCAUCAACUCGCGCGGUCAGAAGCAGCGCACGCACCUGCGCGACGGCUUCCUGGCUGAUCGUUUGGACCCCGUUUACGUGGCCUACAACAUGUAGCCAAAGUAGUUUUUUGUUGGAUGGGGGGGAUAAUUUCCUGUUUUUAAAAUGCAUUUUUCGCAAACUUACGGAGCCCUUAAAGGGACAUCAACAGGGAAAAAAAAACAAAUUUAAGCAAUCUUUCUAGUGCACACCAGCAACUAUCUGGUAAACGUUAGAAUUAUGUAGCAUUUAAGCUAGCAACUGUGGCUAUGCAAGUUAGCCAAUUGUUGCAACUGGCUAAUUUGCAUAGCCAAAGUCUGCUAGCUUAAAUGCCAAAUAAUGCUAAUGUUUCCAACAAUUAACUAACUUGCAUAGCAGAUGUCUACUAGCUCAAAUGCUAUAUAAUGCUAAUGUUUACAACAAUUGGGUAACUUGCAUAGCAAAGGUCCGCUAGCUUAAGUACUAUAUAAUGCUGAUGUUUACAACAAUUGGCUAACUUUCACAGCAAAGGUCCACUAUCUCACAUGCUAAUUGGCAAACUUGCAUAGCAAAAGUCCGCUAGCUCAAAUGCUGUAUAAUGCUAAUGUUUCCAACAAUUGGCUAACUUGCAUAGCAAAAGUCAGCUAGCUCAAAUGCUAUAUAAUGCUAAUGUUUCCAGCUAUUGGCCAACUUGCACAGCAAAAGUCCGCUACCUUAAAUGCUAUAUAAUGCUAUUUUUUCCAACAAUUGGCUAACUUGUAAAGCAAAAGUCCGCUAGCUUGAAUGCUAUAUAAUGCUAAUGCUUACAACAGUUGGCUAACUUGCAUAGCAAAGGUCCACUAGCUUAAAUGCUAUAUAAUGCUAAUGCUUACAACAAGUGGCUAACAUGCAUAGCAAAAGUCCACUAGCUUAAAUGCUAUAUAAUGCUUACAACAAUUGGCGAACUUGCAUAGCAAAAGUCCAUUUGCUUAAAUGCUAUAUAACGCUAAUGUUUACAACAAUUGGCUAACUUACAUAGCAAAAGUCCGGUAGCUUAAAUGCUAUAUAAUGCUAUUGUUUCCAACAAUUGGCCAACUUUGAUUGCAAAAAUCCGCUGUCUUAAUUGUUAAAUAAUGCUAGUGUUUACUACAAUUGGCCAAUUUUUAUUGCAGAUGUCCGCUAGCUUAAAUGCUAUAUAAUGCUAAUGUUGCCAACAAUUGGCUAACUUGCAUAGCAAAAAUCCGCCAGCUUAAAUGCUAUAUAAUGCUAAUAUUUAUAACAAUUGGUUAACUUGCAUAGCAAAAGUCCGCUUGCUUAAAUGCUAUAUAAUGCUAAUGUUUACAACAAUUGGCUAGCUUGCGUUGCAAAGCUCCGCUAGCUUAAAUGCUACAUUAUGCUAAUGUUUACCAGAUUGUUUGUGGUGCUUAAAUUUAUUUUAUUUCUGUCGAUGUCCCUUUAUGGGCUCUGUACAAACUCGCCUAAAACAUAAAUUUUAUAAAGUUUUUGCUACACAUCAUUUGCAGUUACUUGACUUUCAGGGUUCCUUGUAAAAAAAAAAAAAAAAAAAAAAAAAAAACGUUUUUUUUGUCAAGCCGUCUGGUUAAUGUGUGUAAUUAUGUACAAAUAUAAGUGAUUUUAUUUAUUUUGUUUCUUCUAGAAGGCAGAAAAUUGGAAAAUUUGCAAAAAAAAAAUUUUUUUUUUGGUUUGUUUUUACUUGAAAUCCAAGUUGUUUUUCACUCCGUCCAUAUCAAACAAACGCAAAAAAAAAAAAAAAAAAAAAUGUAAAAAUUAAAAUGAGUUCAAUAGUUUUCACCUUAAUGCCAAAACAUUUUUGUGGGGGUAAAAAAGCACCUUGCUCACAAGUUUUUUUUGAAUUUGCCUUAUUUGAGUUUUAAUGUCAAUAAAUAUUUUAAGUCUGGCUUUCAAUGUUUUGUGCAUAUUUCAUUUUUUGGAGGGCGGGGGGGGGGGUAAAUACGCAGAACUGAAAUGGGUGCUAGGAGGAAUUACAGGUCAGAGCCACUAGAGGGCAGCCUUCUGUAUGUUAGGAUUUGCCAGUAGAGGGAAAUUGUGAAAUUGUUGUCGGUAUUUCAGCCUGUAAUAAUACUAAUAAUUUUGUAAAAUGUGCUUCCAUCCGUGUAAUAUUCAAAGGCCAGAAAGAAGAAAAAAAACAAAAUGCAGUUGCUUCAUUUCCCAAAACUAGUAAGUCCUUUAUUUUUAUGUUUAGAGAAAAUAGAUGAAAUUCUGUUAAAAUAAAAACAAAAAAAAACCUCUUGUCUUUUUGAAUUUGAUGUGUUUCUUUUCAGAUUAUAUUUUGUUGAUUGGAUUUGAUCAGCGGAAGUUGGUGGCAAUUCCCUGACCAGCCGGAAGAUAGCCGCAGAGAGUAAGAGUCAUUUAUUGUGAGCAUUGUUGCUUGUAUCUUAAAUUAGACAAAUUCUAUACGAGGAAUCCUUAUUAUAAUCAUUUAGACUAUAAAUUUAUUAGUCUUUAUAGAAAUUUCACCAACAUUUCAAUUUUCCCAAUUAAAAUGAUGGAAGACAGAUCCACAAAAUUCAUAACGCCCAAAAAAUUAAGAAUAUUUUUUUUAU